AUUUAGUUUAAUUCGCAACUCGAUGACACUAAGCCAUACGAGCCGACGUUGAAGAAAUUGUAUUAAUUCCGGUGAAUACAGAUCUCUAUCCAGUUUGAUAAAAUCGUUUUUUACAGAAUGGCACAACUAAGAUAUUUGGGAGCAAUAAUCAAGCAAAUUCCCAAUACAGCACUUCGGUCAUUUUCAGCAACCAUACAUACAACUUCAAGUUCAAACACUAAAAGCUAUCUAAUAGAUUCUCCAGAAUAUGCUUUUCUUAAAGAGGUAGGCCUUGAACGUGAAAAUCCCGGCGUUUAUACCACGGCAUGGAAAGGUACAGGCGAAACUAUAACUUCAAUCGAUCCUGGCACAGGAGAGCCCAUUGCGAAUGUACGCAUGGGUACGGUACAGGAAAUGAAUGAAGCUAUAAAAACUGGUGUUGAAGCUUAUAAGGAAUGGUGUAAAGUACCAGCACCUGUGCGUGGAGAAAUUGUCCGUCAAAUAGGUGACGAAUUACGUAAAUACAAAGAACCACUUGGUAAGCUGGUCAGUUUGGAAGUUGGUAAAAUCUAUAGCGAAGGGCAAGGGGAAGUUCAAGAAUUUAUAGAUAUAUGUGACUAUGCAGUAGGACUUUCACGCAUUUAUUCGGGACAAAUGAUAAAUUCAGAACGUGCGGAACAUACAAUCUUAGAAGCAUGGCGUCCAUUGGGAUUGGUUGGUGUGAUUUCAGCGUACAAUUUUCCAAAUGCUGUUUUCGGUUGGAAUGCCGCCAUAGCACUUACAACUGGUAAUACUGUUUUAUGGAAAGGUGCACCAACUACAUCACUAGUUUCAGUUGCUACGACAAAAAUUGUUUCUGAAGUAUUAAAACGAAAUAAGUUACCACCUAUUGUUACUCUAUGCCAAGGUGGAGCUGACGUAGGCUCAAAGCUUGUAUCGGAUAAUCGAGUCAAGCUUGUUUCAUUUACCGGUAGCUGCCAAACAGGCAAACAAAUUGGAGUUGAAGUACAACAGCGUUUUGGAAAAGUCCUCUUAGAAUUAGGUGGCAAUAAUGCUUUAAUUGUGGAUCAUAAUGCAAACUUAAAAAUGGCUAUUGAUGCAGCACUCUUUGGAUGUAUUGGUACAUCUGGACAAAGAUGCACCACAACCAGACGUAUUAUCGUACAUGAAAAAUCAUAUGAUCAGUUUGUGCAGGAGCUUACGAAAAAGUACAAACAGGUUUUAACUAGAACUGGUCAUCAAUUAGAUGAAAACACAUUAAUUGGACCUGUUCAUACGGAACAAAAUGUUUUGAAUUAUAAUAACGCAAUUUCAGAGGCCUUAGCACAAGGAGGAAAAAUAGCAUUUGGUGGUAAAGCUUUAAAAGGAAAAGGUUUCUUUGUUGAACCUACAAUUAUAACAGACUUACCACAUAAUUCAAAUGUAGUGCAUAGAGAAACAUUUGCACCCAUCGUUUAUAUACUUAAAACUAAAUCUGUUGAUGAAGCCAUAGAAUGGAACAAUGAGGUUGAACAAGGUCUCUCAUCGGCCAUUUUUACAGAAGAUAUUUCAACAGCAUUCAAAUGGAUAGGUGCACAAGGUUCAGAUUGCGGUAUUGUCAAUAUAAAUACAACAACAAAUGGUGCUGAAAUUGGUGGUGCUUUUGGCGGAGAGAAGCAUACCGGUGGCGGACGUGAAUCUGGUUCUGAUGCUUGGAAACAAUACUGCAAACGUGCUACGAUAACAGUAAAUCAUUCCGGCCAAUUAGCAUGUGCACAAGGUGUUGUGUUUAAUGUGGAAUAAAAUAUUUUUUAAAGUAAAAUAUAGAAAAUAUAA